AUGUUUGGCAAGCGUGGAUCCAACAAGAAGCAGUCCAAGGCUGCUUCUUCCGCUGAACCCGCCUCGUCAGCCUCAGGAAAGAUCAAGGCCUUCCGCACCAGGCUCGCCAACAUCAGUCUCGACCCCGACGUCGUCUUCAAAAAGCAGAGACCGCCACCCGCACCUCGCUCCGUCUACUUCAAUGAGCCUCUUCCAGAACAGGCCUUCGACCACAAGGGCAAGCCAAAAUACCCUUGGAUCUAUGCCAGCAAUCAGGUCUUGACCGCCAAAUAUACCCUCUACAACUUCGUCUUCAAGAACCUCCUCGAGCAGUUCCGUCGUGUCGCCAACCUCUUCUUCCUUCUCAUCGUCAUCCUCCAGUUCUUCCCGCAGUUCACCACCAUCAACCCCGGUGUCUCCAUGCUGCCCCUGCUCGCCGUCCUCGCCAUCACCAUGGCCAAGGACGGCUACGAAGACAUCAAGCGCCACCAGUCCGAUCGUCACAUCAACCGGCUCAAGGUACGCACACUCACCGGUGGCGGCUGGCAGAACCCCAACGCAAUGGAGCCCAGGGGCAGGAGCGCUUCCGCACUCUUCCAAUCCGUCAAAGACACGCUGUUUGGCGGCAAGAAGAAGCAGUCCUCCAAGCUUCAGAAGGAGAUGGCUGCCAAGGCCGAAGCUGCUGCCGAGGAAGGCCACGCUCACCAGCAAGACGAGCCCAUCGCCCCGCCUGCAGACGCGCCCGGCGGCGGCGCCACCACCGCCGUAGGUGGCAAUGUUCCCGUGCCCGGUGAGGCCAACGCGCCUCCUCGCAUGUCGCACCAGCUCGCGCGACGCUCCACCACACGCCACAGCCAGUUCGAAUCCGACUACGAGCAGCUCGACGACGGUCGCAUCAGGCACCAGGGUCGCAUCCUCACCGCCGACGAAGAGCACGCCUUCUUCUCCAAGAAGGCGCCCCGCUGGAAGAACAAGAAUUGGGAGGAGCUCGCCGUCGGUGACUUUGUCUACCUCACCAACAACGAAAGCAUCCCGGCCGACAUCAUCAUCUGCGCCACCAGCGAAGAGGAGGACAGCUGCUUCAUCGAGACCAAGAAUCUCGACGGCGAGACCAACCUCAAGGCUCGCCACGCCGUGCCCGAGCUCACCUCCCUUCGCAAGCCCGAGGAUUGCGCUCGCGCCUCUCUCCGCAUCGAUGCAGAGCCCCAGGACGUCAACAUGUACCGCUUAAACGCCAGCGUCGUCCUCAACGACAGAUUCGACAAGAAUGGCAACCCGCUCCAGUGUCCCGUCACGCUCAACCAGAUCCUCCUCCGUGGCUGCAACCUCCGCAACACAAAGUGGAUCGUCGGCGUCGUCCUCAUGACCGGCUGGGACACCAAGAUCAUUCAGAACUCUGGUGUUACCCCCAGCAAGCGCUCCAUGGUCGAGAAGCAGAUGAACCCCAUGGUCUACUUCAACCUCGUCGUCCUCGCCUGCGUCUCGGUCGCCUGCGCCAUCGCCGACUCGCUCCUCGAGCAGCGCUACUUUGACCGUGGCGCCUACUGGGAGUAUGGAGCCACGCGCAGCGACGACAAUCCGCGCAUCAACGGCCUCGUGGCGUUUGCCAACUCGCUCAUCACGUUCCAGAACAUCGUUCCGAUCUCGCUCUACAUCUCGUUCGAGUUCGUCCGCCUCGCGCAGGCUUACUUCAUCUACGACGACUACGACAUCUGGUACGAGAAGACCAAUCGCCGCACCACCGCCAAAUCCUGGAAUCUCUCCGACGACCUCGGCCAGAUCGAGUACAUCUUCAGCGACAAGACCGGUACCCUUACGCAGAACGUCAUGAUCUUCCGCGAGUGCGCCGUCUCGGGCGUGAUUUAUCACGGGGAAGUUGCAUCUCCCCACAUCGGCACCUCGGAGACGACGGCAGGCGACGCCCCCAAUGUCGUGUCGGAGAAGGAUGGAUUCUCCAGCAACGAGGGCUCUUCGGGUUCGGAGCAGGGACACGAGUCAGGCGUCAAGGUCAAGCCUCUCAACCCAGAGAUUCCUCCGUUCCGCGACCAGAAGCUCAUCGACGCGCUCAAGGACCCCAACUCGGAGCACAGCGAGCAGCUCGGCCGCUUCUUCCGCUGCCUGGCUCUGUGCCACACUGUGCUCGUCGAGGAGCAGGAGGACGGCAGCAUCGAGUACCAGGCGCAGAGCCCCGACGAGCAGGCGCUGGUCCAGGCGGCUGCCGAUGCUGGCUUCAUCUUCCUCAGCAAGGAACGCCAGACGCUCCGCAUCCUUACGCCCUACUCGAAAGAGCCCGAGACCUACGAGCUGCUCACCGUCAACGAAUUCUCGUCCGCCAGGAAGAGAAUGAGCGUCAUUGUCCGCCGCGAGUCGGACGGACAGCUGCUCAUGCUGGCCAAGGGUGCUGACAGCAUCAUGUUUGAGCGAGCCCGCCCCGGUCAGGACGAGAUCAAGCAGGCUACGGACGCAGCGCUCGAGGAGUUCGCCAACAAGGGUCUCAGGACGCUCUGCCUGGGUGGCAAGGAGCUUUCGGGCCAGUUCUACGACGACUGGUCGCACCGCUUCCACGAGGCCUCCGUCUCCAUUCAGGAGCGUGAGGAGAAGAUGGAGGCGCUGGCGAGCGAGCUUGAAAAGGACUUUGACCUGUACGGCGCCACGGCGAUCGAGGACAAGCUGCAGGACGGUGUGCCCGAGACCAUUGCGGAUCUCAAGCGCGCCGGCAUCAACGUGUGGGUGGCCACGGGCGACAAGCUCGAGACGGCCAUCGCGAUCGGCUACAGCACCAUGCUGCUUACCGAGGACAUGAACCUGGUCGUCGUGCGCGGCGGCGAGUACGGACAACCCAACUCGGCGUACGAACAGCUCCGCAAGGCGGUGGUGCGCUUCUUUGGCGGACCGGCUGUGCUUUCGGAGAUGGAGCACCAGCCUCCAGGCGAGGAGAGCGAAAGUCGACGAUCGUCGUUCAUGUCGCGCAGGCCGUCGUACCACCGCAACCGCCGCAGCAGCGUGAGUCAGGUGUCGCUGGUGGGCGAGGACAACGGUCAACGCUCCGGCGGCUUCGCACUCGUGAUUGACGGAACGGCGUUGGGCCAUGCGCUCAGCGAGGACUUUAGCAAGGAUCUGCUGCUGCGCAUCUCGACGCAGUGCAAGGCGGUCAUCUGCUGCCGUGUGUCGCCGCUGCAGAAGGCGCUCAUCGUGCGUCUCAUCAAGGACGGCUUGGGCGUGAUGACGCUCGCGAUCGGCGACGGUGCCAACGAUGUGAGCAUGAUCCAGGCCGCCCAUGUGGGUGUGGGUAUCGCGGGUGAGGAGGGUCUGCAGGCGGUCAACUCGUCCGACUACGCCAUCGCGCAGUUCCGCUAUCUCAAGCGCCUGGUGCUCGUGCACGGCCACUGGUCGUACUACCGCAACGCGACGAUGAUCACCAACUUCUUCUACAAGCAGUUCAUCCAGGUGGGCACGCUUUUCUGGUUCCAGAUCUACUGUGCGUGGUCGACGACGCAGGCGAUCGACUACGUCUACAUUCUGCUCUGGAACGCCGUCUGGACGGUGCUGGCGGUCAUCUGCAUCGGCAUCUUUGACCGCAACAUCAACGACAAGGUGCUCAUGCAGGUGCCCGAGCUGUACCACCAGUCGCGCAGGCGCGCGUACUUUGGACUCGGACCGUUUAUCAUUUACUUCAUUGACGGCAUCUACCAGUCGGUGAUUCUGUUCUUCUUCUUCGCCUACUCGUACAACACGACGUCGGUGAGGAGCGAUGGAUACGACAUCAACCUGUACGAGUGGUCGACGGGCAUGGCGAUCGCGUCGGUGUUGGUGGCAAACCUGUUCGUGGGCAUCAAUGCGCGCGCAUGGACGUGGUUCAUCUUUGGCGGUGUGUGGUUGGGCACGGUGGUGAUGUUCGCCUUUGCGCCGAUCUACGCGUCGUUUACGUCGACCUACUCGUACGGCAACAACCACUUCCUGUAUCCGAGCAUCCAGUUCUGGAUGCUUGGGCUUCUGACGUGCUUCUUGGCGCUGCUGCCGCGCGUGCUGGCAAAGUGCUUCCGCCAGUCGUACUACCCGACGGACGUGGAUAUCCUGCGGUACGUAGACAAGCAGGAUGAAGAUCACGACUUUACGACGGAUCCGGCGAUUCCGCACGCGCGGCCCGAGUACGCGGAGAGCAUGGGUAGGCCGAGCAUGACGCACCACACUUUUGCGCCGCUGGUGCGUGCCGCGACAUCGGCGUCGCGCGUCGACGAGGCCGCACCCGGCGGCGUGCAGAUGCACGAGCUCCGGCAGACGGCGUCGCGCGCCAGCAGCACGCACUACGACAUGCUCACGGGCGAGCAGAGGCCCAACCGCGGCUACACGUAUUCGUCCGACGAGCCCACCAAGAAGAAGAGCGUCAAGGACAGGCUCGUCCCGGAUGUCUUCAGGAGGAGCCUGCUCAAGAAGAAGGAGGAGCGCAAGCGGCUCACCAUGAUUCACCAGGAGGAGGAUGAGGUGGCCGAGGAGCAUGCUGCGCCACAGUCGUCCUAG